AUGACCUUCAUUGCAGCAUUUCUUGGAUGGACUUUAGAUGCCUUCGAUUUCUAUUUGCUUUACCAUAGUGCGUCAAAUUUAUCUUUUCAUUUUAAUCUUUUAUAUGAAAAUUUUCUUAUUAUUAUUAAUAUUAUUAGUAUUACUGCUGAAUUUCAAAUGAAACCAUCUGAUAUUGCUACAAGUAUUACGGUAACAUUAUUACUAUGUCCUGUUGGUGCAUUAAUCUUUGGUAUAUUGGCUGAUAAAUAUGGCAGAAAGUAUCCAUUAAUAGCGGAUAUCAUCUUGUAUAGCGUGGUGGAAUUAGCUUCUGGGUUUGCUCCAAACUUUCAUGUUUUUGUAGCAUUAAGAGCUAUUUUUGGAAUUGCGAUGGGUGGUAAGUGGGGUUUAGGUGCAGCUUUAGCGAUGGAAACUUUACCACUGGAAUGUCGUGGUUUGUUCUCUGAAAUUUUGCAACAAGGUUAUCCAACUGGUUACUUAAUUGCUGCUAUAUUUUACUAUGCUGUAAUUAAGACUCUUGGUUGGCGCGCAAUGUUUUGGGUUGGCUCUUUUCCCGCUCUUGUCGUUGUCUAUAUACGUUUUUUUGUUCCUGAAUCUAAAGCAUGGGAAAAAACUCGUGAAUCUCGUAGAUCAAAUACAUUUAAUGAACUGAAGAAGGUUAUUAAAGAUCACUGCCUGAAAAUUAUUCAUACUACCUUGUUAAUGGCUAGUUUUGGUUUUGCGAGCCACGGAACUCAGGAUCUUUUUCCCACGUUUCUUAAAAUACAACUCUUAUUUUCUCCAGAGGAUAUCGCGAUAACGACUGUUAUAGCCAACAUUGGUUCUAUUAUAGGCGGUACAAUAUGUGGAUAUUUAUCUCAAUAUUUAGGCCGUAGGAAAAUGGUUGUCAUAUCGAUGAUAUUUGCUGGUGCUUUUUUACCUUUAAUAGCUAUUCCUGUUAAUAAAUCACUUGUGACUUUUGGUGCUUUUGCGGGUGCUUGUGGUAUUUUACCUGCACAUUUGAAUGAAUUAUUACCAUCACGUUAUCGUGGAACAUUCCCAGGAUUAACUUAUCAUUUGGGUAUCUUGAUCGCUUCCUCAUCCACUCAGAUUGAAGCAUUGUUGGGUGAAGCAUUUCCUAAAAGUGGCGAACAGAAACAUGUGAAUUUCAUGGAAACAGAAAUUAGUCCUGUAGAAGACAUAGAAGUUGUUUAA